AACCAACCAACUCUAAUUGCUAGAUACAUUGAUCUCAUUGUUGAUAUUUCUCCCUCACUAGCUCCAAUUACACUUCUAUGGCUCUCUCCGCGAAUCCUAAGUUCCUCCUCGCAGCCACCCACGCCCGUACGGUGGCUCAUAUACUGGCCCUGGUGGCGGUGAUCCUCAUGCUGGUGUGGGUGCUCCAUUAUCGAGGCGGCGCGAAUCUGCGCUCAGAUGCGGAUCCAGAGUUGAUCUUUAAUGUACACCCUUUGGUGAUGAGUUUGGGGUUUAUUGUUGUCAUUGGAGAAGCAAUAAUGGCGUAUAAAACGGUUCCGACUGAGAAGAAGGUGCGAAAAUUCAUCCACAUGAUGCUUCACUUCGUCGCACUAACUCUUGGGAUAUUCGGCAUCUACGCCGCCUUCAAAUACCACAAGGAGAGUGCCUCACCUGACAUGCUUAGCCUGCACUCUUGGCUGGGGAUCUGCACCAUCUGCUUGUUCGGCUUGCAGUGGUUGUUUGGGUUCUUCUACUUUUGGCUUCCGCGAGGUCCGGCGGUGAACCGGGCGAUGGUGAAGCCGCUGCACGCCUCCGCCGGCCUUGCGAUCUUCCUGAUGGCGAUCUGCACUGCGGAGACCGGCUUGGUCGACAAGGGCGGGCUGACGGUCUCCGAGACGCAGCUGAUCAACUUCACCGGCCUCUUCAUCCUCCUCUUCGGCGUCGCCGUCAGCAUCGUCGUCGCCCUGCCCAAGAUCGUAUAGCUGGCCUCUACCAAAUCUUCAGCAGAUUCCAUUAGCUAGUAUUGUUUCAAACCUUUUGAAACCCAAGUUGCAGAUUUAGCUUGGUGAGAUAUAUAUGGGAUGUGUUCGCAUCAAAUUUUAAUUACGCCGAUUGUGAAAUCUUCAAUUCCUUCUCUUACGCUGUAAAUUAUGGGAUAAAAAGACAUUGAAAAUUAAUUACAUUUUUUAUUGG